AUGGAGACGCGUGGCCGCCGCCUGCUGGGCGGCUGCGGGGCUUGUGCGGCCCCGCGACGAAUGGACCGCCGCGCUGGGGUCAGGGCGUCGGGGUACCGCGCAGGGGGCGAGGACGACGAUGACGAAGAGGAGGAGCGGGAGGGCGGCGCUGCGAGCUCGCGCGUGUCUAGACUGCCCCCCAUCGAGGGCGGCGCCUCAGAGCUGGCCAGACGGAAGGUGAAGAAGAAAAAGAAGAAGACCAAGGGGUCGGGCAAGGCGGACGAUAAACAUCAGAGUCAGGACCUGAAGAACCAGCCUCUCUCUUCAUCCUGUCAUGACGUCUUAAGUCCCAGCCAAGACCAUGGCCGGAGACCAGAGCGCAGGCAGAACAGAGAGGAAAGCAAGCACGUCCCUUCUUACUCCUCCGCUGUCAGACUCCCCCACUUUGCCGAAGUAGCAGACAAUCUUUUGAACCAGAUCAAUGAAAGUCUGCGUUGGGACGGAAUUCUCGACGACCCAGAGGCAGAAAAAGAAAGGAUUCGCAUAUACAAGCUGAACCGGAGGAAGCGGUACCGGACUUUGGACCUCAAGGGCUUCCACAGUGACCCCUGUGCUGAGAAGACCCCUGGGAACCUGCCCUACCUUUCAGAUAGAGACCGCGGCUGCAGCAGCAGGCAGCCCGCAUUGAGAGCCGAGCGCCCUCCUUGCCUCUUUGAAGGAAGCCUCUCCCCAGAGCUUCUACACUCUGACUAGCUGCCACUCUGCCGGAGUAAAAGUCCACCCACGACCCCGACAGACUUUGAUCCCUCCUUACCACAAGUUUCUGUGCUAAAAAAGAAUGAUUAUAAAAGGAAAUCAGACCUGCGUCUGAAGGAAGCAGAUGUUGGGUGUGUGGGUGAGGCCAACCUCUUCUGUCACCAAGAUGCCCCUAACUGCCCAACCAGGCCCCAGUGCCUUACGAACCUGAGCAAUUUAAUGAACAAAGUUCUGUCAAGAAUUUCCUUUUUCUCAAAUAAACUGGCAACUCUCUUUGUUAUUUAA